UUUUCUCCUUGUGGCUUGAAAGAAGGGUCACAUUUUGCUCAUUCCCUAGCCUCCCCCAACCCUCCGCCCAGACAACUUGUGUGGUGAGCAGGGGUUGCCGGAGCCACCCCCAGCCUCCUCCGGGGGUGACCGCUGCAACUUGCAACUCCUCUCAUUGCAAGGCUAUGAAGUUCCACAGGAGCCCAAGUUCCAGGAGCCUGCCGGCUGCUUUCCUGCCCCUGUGCUGGCUCUUGUUGGAGACUGUGCCAUUGGGGUACGGCCACCUCUAUAACAACCGCUAUGCUGGUGAUAAAGUGAUAAGACUUAUCCCCCAAACAGAAGAGGAAGCACAUGCACUGAAGAAAAUGUAUCACCAACUCAAGGUGGACCUGUGGCAACCUGGCAGUAUCUCCUAUGUAUCAGAGGGGACAGUUACUGAUGUCCAUAUUCCCCAAAAUGCUUCCAGAACCCUGUUAGCCUUCUUACAGGAAGCCCAUAUCCAGUACAAGAUCCUCAUAGAAGAUCUUCAGAAAGCACUGGAAAAUGGAAGCAGCUUACGAACCCAGAGAAAUAGAAGAUCUCUGUCUGACUAUAACUAUGAACUUUACCACUCCUUGGAAGAAAUUCAGAGUUGGAUGCAGCAUCUGAAUCAAACUCACUCAGCCUUCAUUCAAGUGUUCUCUAUUGGCAGAUCAUAUGAAGGAAGACCUCUCUUUAUUUUAAAGCUGGGCAGAAAAUCACGAGCUUACAGAAGAGCUGUCUGGAUAGACUGUGGUAUUCAUGCCAGAGAAUGGAUUGGUCCUGCCUUUUGUCAGUGGUUUGUAAGAGAAGCCCUUCUGACAUAUAAGACAGACCCAGCCAUGAGAAAAAUGUUGAAUCAUCUGGACUUCUAUAUCAUGCCCGUGUUUAAUGUUGAUGGAUACCAUUUUAGUUGGACACACGAUCGAUUCUGGAGAAAAACAAGGUCAAGGAACUCGAGGUUUCGCUGCCGUGGAGUUGAUGCCAAUCGCAACUGGAAAGUGAAAUGGUGUGAUGAAGGAGCCUCCGUUCACCCUUGUGACGACACCUACUGUGGCCCUUUUCCAGAAUCUGAGCCAGAAGUGAAGGCUGUAGCUAACUUCCUCCGUAAACACAGGAAGCACAUCAGGGCUUACUUGUCUUUCCACGCUUAUGCUCAGAUGUUGCUGUACCCCUAUUCUUACAAAUAUGCAACAAUCCCCAAUUUUAGCUGUGUGGAAACUGCAGCUUACAAAGCUGUGAGAGCACUUCGGUCAGUACAUGGGGUUCGGUACAGAUACGGACCUGCCUCCCAAACACUGUAUGUAAGCUCUGGGAACUCAAUGGAUUGGGCUUAUAAAAAUGGAAUACCCUAUGCAUUUGCUUUUGAACUACGUGACACUGGGCACUUUGGAUUUUUACUACCGGAGAUGCUCAUCAAGCCCACCUGCACAGAGACCAUGCUGGCUGUGAAGAAUAUCACAAUGCACCUGCUGCAAAAGUGUCCUCGCGAGAGCCCAAGGGUCUGGUCUGCCGACCCAGAGAAGGCUGAUGCUGACCAAAGGGUGCUUGGCACUGGCUGGAAACUGUUCGCAAAGACAAGAGCAACUUUCUAGAAUGGAUAUAUUUAUGGACUUUAAAAGGAUCUUAUCAUGCAGUUUGACACUUUGUAAUAAUAGAAAAUGUUUUUUUGUAAAGGGCAUGACCUACUUUGUUGUAAAGAAAAUAUAUCCAUUUUAUAUCCCUUUAGAGUUUCAUUUGAUUAUGAGAAAAAGGAGAGGUUUUAGAAUUCCUGUCUCAAGAAAUGUACAAAUCAAGGAUCCUUCCAUAAACCACAUACUCUCAGUUAAGA